AUGGGUGCAGCAGAGUCAAGCCUGAAGCCCUCUCUGGACUUCGACAGCUUGGACUUGUACGAGGUCCUUGGCAUCUCAGAGGAGGCGUCUGACGACGAGAUCAAGCGAGCAUACCGUCAACGCGCACUGGAAACUCAUCCUGAUAAGAAUAUAGACGACAUAGAGGGAGCCACUAAACGCUUUGCGAAAGUUCUGGAAGCAUAUGAGACGCUGACAGAUCCAACGAGUCGAACUGCGUACGACUACGAAAGAAAGAAUAAGCCUGCAUCAGACGCCCAACAACCUAGGACGGCUGACGCGAUGCCUGGGCGAUGGGCGGCUCAAGACACGCAACCUCCAUCAAGCGGGUGGUUCGAUUGGCUCUUCUCCGGUUGGGGAGAGCCAAGAUCCAACUGGAGAGCGCCAGCCGAUCCAUUGUUACGCUAUGUUCCCGAGGAAUACAUUGGUCGCAACGAGCGUCUUGCGCGUCCAAAAGGCAUCUCCGCCAGGGACAUCAUCGAAUAUCUUAACCUCUGCGGAAGGAAAGCGACUUGGGUGGAGAACGGUCGCGACCAGAGUUUGUUCACGCUCUUCCGAAAUCUGUUUGAGUGCUUAGCUUACGACGAGCGGAGAUGGGGGAAUGACACUGACCAGAUUCCCGAUUUUGGCUGUGGCAACUCUGCAUGGUGUCCAGAUGAUGACCGGUUGGCACAACAUUAUGCGCAAGAUUUCUAUGAGUAUUGGUUGAACUUCGAGACGCGAAAGCCAUUCGAUUGGGUCGAUAUUUACGAUACGACAGAACCCUGGAUAUCAAAACAAUUAGCGAAGGAGAACCGAAAAUUCCAUAAGGUCGUCCGGGAAGAGUAUAACAACAUCGUUCGGACCGUCGUAGACUCGUUGCUGCGCCACGAUCCCCGUUUCCUGGCCCAUGUAUACAAUAUCCAUUACAGAAUCGGUCAAGCCCCGCGGAACGAUUUCUACGCCAAGUUUGUCAAGCGAUGCCGAGCUCGAGCGUCAAAUAGCGGGCGAACGCGCCGCGGAGAAAAAGAAACCUCUUCAAGCCAAUCUCAGGCUCGUACUCAGACGAAGAACGACAGAAAGAAGCAAAAACAACGGAACAAGGCGAAGCAAAAGAAAUCUUGGUAA